UUACUCACUUAAUCUGAUUUGGUUCGGUCACGUAGUCAAGCAUUCACUCCCCAAUCCCUUACUUAAAAGCGAAAUUACAACCGCAGAAGAGUCCAUUCUGCACCGGCAAGGCAACGAAUCCAAUUGGAAGAAGAAAAGAAAAGAAAAGAACAGAAAGGAAAAGAAAUAAGAAAGGCGCAGGUCAGCGCUCAACAGUAAGCUACCGCCUCCAUAAAAGUUGAAACUAUAACCAGAUUGUCUUAGAUGGAGAGCAUAAUCGGCAAGCUUAGGAAUUUGGAUGCCUAUCCUAAAAUUAAUGAGGAUUUCUAUAGCCGCACACUCUCCGGUGGCAUUAUAACUAUCGCAUCAUCUAUCGUCAUGCUUCUCCUCUUCAUCUCCGAGCUCAGAUUGUAUCUCCAUGCUGUAACUGAAACAAAGCUUGUAGUGGAUACUUCAAGAGGAGAAACUUUGCGUAUCAAUUUUGACAUCACUUUUCCAGCCCUUCCAUGUUCCAUUCUCAGCCUUGAUGCCAUGGAUAUCAGCGGAGAGCAGCAUCUUGAUGUUAAACAUGAUAUUAUCAAGAAAAGAAUAGAUUCUCAUGGCAAUGUAAUAGAAGCACGGCAAGAUGGUAUUGGUGCUCCUAAGAUUGAAAAGCCUUUGCAGAGACAUGGUGGUAGGCUUGAGCAUAAUGAGACAUAUUGUGGCUCAUGUUAUGGUGCUGAAAUGUCAGAUGAGGAUUGUUGCAAUUCUUGUGAGGAAGUUCGUGAAGCAUAUCGAAAAAAAGGUUGGGCACUGUCAAAUCCGGAUAUGAUUGACCAGUGCAAAAGGGAAGGUUUUCUACAAAAGAUUAAGGAUGAGGAAGGUGAAGGAUGCAAUAUUUAUGGGUUUUUGGAAGUUAAUAAGGUGGCUGGUAAUUUUCACUUUGCACCUGGCAAGAGUUUUCAACAAUCAAAUGUUCAUGUGCACGAUCUGCAGGCAUUUCAAAAGGACAGCUUUAAUAUAAGUCACAAGAUUAAUAGGCUAGCUUUUGGAGAAUAUUUUCCUGGUGUUGUAAAUCCUCUUGAUGGUGUGCACUGGACACAAGAAACUCCAAGUGGAAUGUACCAGUAUUUUAUCAAGGUUGUACCUACUGUAUACACAGAUGUCGGUGGGCACACAAUUCAGUCAAACCAGUUUUCUGUGACUGAACAUUUUAGAGGUGCAGAAGUGGGUUUCCUUCAAUCCCUGCCUGGAGUUUUCUUCGUUUAUGACCUUUCUCCAAUUAAGGUGACUUUCACUGAGGAGCAUUUGUCAUUUUUGCACUUUCUAACAAAUGUUUGUGCUAUUGUUGGAGGUGUUUUCACUGUUUCUGGAAUACUGGAUUCAUUUAUUUAUCAUGGUCAAAGGGCAAUAAAGAAGAAGAUGGAAAUCGGUAAAUUUAGUUGAUAGCACAUCUAAUUGGUGUCGGUUGCUGCUGUAUUCUGUUUGGUUUGUCAGUAACUGGCUUCUCAAAUAGAAUUGGGGUGAACGACAGCAUUUUGAGUUGGCGGGCUACUUUCGAUCACAACUAACUCUGUCAAGAUUCGUGAUGUAUGAUCCAUGAAUUAGAAUUAUUUCAUAGUUCAUUUUGUAGUUGCAAUGAAAUGUCUAGGGGUUUAUGCGAAUAUCUAUGAGAUUCUGUGUGAAAGGGGGCUUUUCAUUGUUUUAUUAUCCAAGAACUCACAAAGAAUUCUUAGUGAGAAUGAAGAAACAAUCAAGAAAUUUUUUCUGA